GAAAGACUCAAAGAGAGAGAGAGAGAUAUGAAUGUCAGAAGAGAAUGGAAGGAUAGAGAAACCCGGAGUCCACAAAACGGAUAUUUGGGUCCGGGUAAAAACCCAAAAAGAGAGAAAAAAAAAAAAACACAAUCCAAAUCACACACUGUAUUUCUCGUUUGUGUUGUUUGUGAUAAAGAAAGAAAUUGAAAAAAAUGGAGAAGAUUACGAGUGGCCUUCCCUCUCUUUACCACUAUACUUUCAUUCCCCUAACUCACCCUCACCCCCUAAAUCAUACAACUCCAACCCUAAUAAUAUUCACCCCAUUCUCUCUCUCCUAUCUCCAUAUUUUUAUAUCUAUAUCUAUAUCUAUAUAUAUCUAUACUUAUUAUACAAAAUCACAAUCGAUCCGGUUUUAUUACUAUUUCGUUUUCUUCUCCUCAUCUACUUUUCUCUCUCUCUCUCUCUCUUCUCUAUCUUACGCGCUGACCCCCUUUUAUUAUUUACCUCCCUAGGGUUUCUAUUUUUUUCUUUCUUUUUUUGGCAAUCGGUGGUUUCGUGAUUACGCUUCUUCAGGUUGAUUUCGAUUUUUGUAUUAGCUUGCUAGAUUUGUGGCCUUCUAUGUGUUUCUGCUAAUAUUUGAUUGUUGGCUAAAAGAAGAGCAUUAUGGAUGAGUUUGUGGCUCCUCGAUUUGAAGGUGUAGCGAAUACCUUUAGAAGGAAGAGGACUCAAACCUCCCGGCGGCCGAAACCUGAGGUUCCUGUGUUACCCGAAAAUCACGAACAGGCAUCUUUAUCAUCAACACCAUCAGAUGAAGCCGGAAAGGUAUCCAGCGAUGAAAACGCUGUUGAUGCCAAUCCUAAGAGGAAAGCUUUAUAUCUUAAUCAAUGUGACGGAAAAUAUAAUUAUGUGCAUAGCAAUGGAGGCUCUGUAGAUGCAAGCGACGAGGUGCAAAGUGGAGGUGGAAAUGGAAAUGAAAGCAAAUCAAAUAAGGUUAAAAUUAGACUUAAGAAUUCUGGAGGUACUGAUGCCUCUCGUCCCCGGCCAAAGUUGAUUCUCCAGGACAAUUCCGAUGAAGGGGAUUCUCUUCCUGAAGGUAAAAGGAUCGGAUUGCAAGGGAUCCCUUGGAAGGAUUUCUCAAGGAGUGGUUUUAGUCUAGGGAGGGAAAUGUCUUUAACGGGAAAGAAGUUCGUAGGGAAGCAAGUAGAGAAGUCAGAUCGUUCUCGAAAGGGCAAAAGGGUGUCCAAGAAGCCUGUAUUAGAUGGAGAUUUUGAUGAAGAAGAUGAUGAUGAGAUACGAUACCUUGCAAAAAUGAGAACGGUUAGGGUUGCUGCUGCAAGUAGAGAUUAUGAUGACGAGUCGGGUACAAAACAUAGAAGUCUUGCUAGAGUUUCAAAAGGGGGCACAGAAGAUCAGAGCUCUUUGACAUCAGGUAAAGGCAGGGCUAAAUCAGAUAGUGUAUCGGCUGACACCGACUAUGAGGAGGAAGAUGUGGUGUCUGGUCACGAAGAGGAAGGAAAUAAGGGAAAGAAACCGAGAAGAGCUUCUCCUGAUUCACCAGAUGAAACCAAGAGGGGAACAACUCUCACGUCACGUCAACGGGCCCUUCGAACUGGCAGGGAUUCUGCAUCUGGUGUUACUCAAAUUGAGUUUCCAAAUGGAUUGCCCCCAGCUCCUUCUCGAAAGCAAAAAGAUAAGCUUACUGAAGUGGAGCAGCAACUUAAGAAAGCCGAGGCUGCUCAGCGCCGCAGGGAUCAGAAUGCGAAAGCAGCCAAGGAAUCAGAGGAAGAAGCAAUCAGGAAGAUACUUGGUCAAGACUCAACUAGGAAGAAACGAGAAGACAAGAUGAAAAAGCGCAAGGAAGAGUUGGCACAGGAAAAGGCUGCCAAUGCAAAGAUGCUUGCACCCAACACUAUUCGAACAAUCAUUGGCCCGACCGGAACUACCGUUGCAUUUGCUGAGGAUAUUGGCCUGCCUCAUAUUUUCGAUCCCAGACCUAGCAGUUACCCCGCACCGAGGGAAAAAUGUGCAGGACCUUGCUGUCCCAAUGCAUACAAGUACCGAGAUUCAAAAUCCAACCUUCCUCUUUGUAGCCUUCAAUGCUAUAAAGCGGUUCAUGGAAGAAUGCAGGCUGAACUUGGCUGCUAGUGAUUUUGUCAUGAAAAGUACAUUUGAUGCUAAAGUGUUGGUAGAUAGGCGAGUAAGGGACCACAGUUAGUUUUGUGUUAAUGAAUUGAUUAAUGGAAUUCGCCUUGUUAGUGGUGCUCCGUGCAUGAACGUUUAUAUCCUUUAUACAAAAGUUUCUUAUUAUUUUUUUAACUGGCAA